AUGCCCUGGAACUUCUAGAAUGUCUGGAAGGUUCCAGUUAGAGGUUUAAAUUUGAAAACUCCCUCCUGUUCUUAAGCAGUUGGAUCUGUGUGGCAGAAGCCAGACAUCCCUCAGUUCCUCCUCUUUGAUUCAACCAAUCUUAUCUUCCCACCAGGGAUGGAGCUCCCAGCCCCAGCAACUCCCAGUUCCAGCCGCUCCUCAGUGCUCCGUUUCUUCCGGAGCCUUGUAGGAGGAAAAAGUAGUCAACAGGACUCUGACCAAACCUUGGUCUUGGGCAGGGGUAGGGAACAGGAUGUUAUACCACUAAUGGGCACAGAAGAGGCCUCAGGGCCUGGUCAGGAAGAACAGCUCCUUCAAGCCAAGAUGUCCCAUGCCCUUCACCUGCCAAGAUCCAAGGAAUCUCAUCCCCAUAUAGACAUAGCAGGGCUGGGUAUGGGAGAUUCUGGUGUCCAUGCCCCAUCUGAUUUCCAAGAGGAUAGAGUCCAGGCCCUUGAGGGGAAGCUGGCAAUGGCAGUUGCAAUACAGGACCUACCCACUGACCUUUUGGAGAAAGAGGAAGAAGCUGGAGAAGCCUCAGGAGACAUGAGGUCUGUGAGCAGGGGGCAUUUUGCUCAGGCCAUGUGUGGGGAAGAUGAAAGCCUCCCAAUGGCUAUGGGGUCCCUGGAGAUCAGCCCUGAGGCCUUCACAGCAGAAGAGGAGAAAGAGUGUCUACUCCAGAAAGAUCUUAGAUUGGGCUCAGCAAAAGCUGAGGGAACCCCAUGGAAUCGACUCCUCAACAUAUACAAGCAGCUUCGGAAGCCAACAACAGUGAAGUUCCCCCCACAGGAAAGUCUGACUCAUCAGGAAAAUGAGGAGGAUGUGGAAGUGGAGGAGGAAGAAGAGGACAGUUCUUUCAAUCUCAGUGUCCAUGGUUUUGCUACUCUUCAGUCUCCAUUACAUAAGACUUUCAAAUCUACAGACACAGUGGGUUUCGUGGAGAAUGAACUAAAGAAGCUGCUGGCAGUUCAGAGAGAGUCUCGACUUUGGAAAACAGGUGGUCAGGAAGGUCGAGAACUUCUGAUCCAGCCUGAGGUAACCUUGGAAGAAGCAGGCAUUGUGGAUGGCCAGCACCUGCUCCUGGAAGAGAUGGAUGAAAUGGGAAAUUGGCCCCCAGACUGAGACUUGGUCAAGGUUCGGCUGAGUCUGCUCUCUCCCUCUGCAGACACCCCAGGCCGGGGAGGAAUAGAGACACAGAGAGGGUAUUACUCUCCCCCAACUAGCACUUCUAUGAAGAUGGUAUUGUGGGUUGGGCUGUUUCCCUAUGUUUGUGUGAUGGGCUUGGGUGUCAUGGUCCAUUUGUCCUCCCUUCUGGAGCACAUGGCUGAUAUUGUGGGUCCUUGUGCUCAGGAGCCUCUCACUGAACAGACUCAGUCACUGUUAUUAAAAAUCCAGAUUGACUUUGCA